AGUAAGCAAGAUGAGGUUUUGCUAUCAACGGCGUUGGGGGGUAGCCACCCUAAAUGGCAAUAUCACCGCUUUCCCAUCACCCACUUCUCAGACUCCUCCUCGUCGCCAUUCUCCUUUCUUUCUUCUACUUCCUUGGCUCCAAUAUCAACUCACCUAUUUCCUCAUCUUCUAGCCGCAGUUACUCACGCCCUUGUCUGCAGCUGAAUUUUUCUAAUCAGAGCUACUUUUCACCGCCUCUUGACUUUGAACCACACCACUUACUACCCUUUUCUCAUCAGACCACCCAAACCCUCCAGUUCUUUCCCUUUUGCUCCGGCAACUUCACCAACUAUUUGCCAUGUCAUGACCCAUCAAGAGAGAAGCAAUUCGGAGUUGGGAGAUUCUUUCACCGAGAACGGCAUUGUCCGGAAAGUAUUGAGAAGCCGAGAUGUUUGGUACCAAAGCCGAAGGGUUACAAGAGACCGUUUCCGUGGCCCAAGUGCAGGGACUAUGCUUGGUUCAAGAAUGUACCUUCUAAGAAACUGGCUGAGUACAAGAAAACACAGAAUUGGGUUAGAUUGGAAGGCGAAAGGCUGUUUUUUCCUGGCGGUGGAACUUCUUUCCCCAUGGGAGUGAAGGGUUAUAUAGAUGUGAUAAAAAGGCUUCUGCCGCUCAAAUCUGGGAGGAUUAGGACGGUUCUUGAUGUUGGAUGUGGGGUGGCAAGCUUUGGAGCCUUUCUCAUGGACUUUAACAUCUUGACAAUGUCAGUUGCACCAAGAGAUAUACAUGAUGCUCAAGUACAGUUUGCUUUGGAAAGAGGACUUCCAGCCAUGCUUGGAGUACUAAGCACAUAUCGUCUACCAUACUCCUCAAGGUCCUUUGAUAUGGUUCACUGCUCCAGAUGCCUUGUCCCAUGGACUAAUCAUGAUGGACUUUAUCUUCUGGAGAUUGAUCGGCUAUUGCGUCCUGGAGGCUACUGGGUGUUGUCAGGGCCACCUAUAAAUUGGAAGGUUAAUUACAAGGGUUGGGAGAGAGAGGCUAAGGAUUUGGAAAUGGAGCAAAAUAGGUUGGAAGAUCUUGCUAAGAGAUUGUGCUGGAAAAAGAUUGCUGAGAGAGGACCAGUUGCAGUGUGGAGAAAACCUACAAAUCACUUGCACUGCUCACAAAAGUUAAGAACAUUCAAAUCACCUCAAUUUUGCACCACAUCUAAUCCUGAUGCUGGUUGGUACAUAAAGAUGGAUCCAUGCAUUUCACGUCUUCCGAGUGUAAACGAUAUCAAAGAUAUAUCUGGAGGUGAUCUUCAAAAUUGGCCUAAAAGGUUGAACUCUGCUCCUCCCAGAAUUAAAAGUGGAACCAUAGAAGGCAUUACCACUCAAUUAUUUGACGAAGAUAAUCAGGCAUGGAAAAGAAGAGUUUCAUAUUAUGGGGUUAUACUGAAGUCUCUUUAUGAUGGUAAAUAUAGAAAUAUCAUGGAUAUGAAUGCUGGCUUAGGAGGUUUUGCAGCCACACUGGUCAAGUAUCCAAUUUGGGUUAUGAAUGCUGUUCCUUUUGACGCAGAAAAGAACACCCUUGGUGUUGUAUAUGAACGUGGACUUAUUGGAACUUACAUGAAUUGGUGUGAGGCUUUCUCAACAUACCCACGGACAUAUGAUUUGAUACAUGCCAAUGGUGUUUUCAGCAUGUACAUGCACAAGUGCAAUAUUGUUGAUAUCCUCCUUGAGAUGUAUAGGAUUCUUCGCCCUCAGGGGGCUGUCAUAAUUAGAGAUCAUGUGGACAUUAUUGUGAAAGUGAAAGGCAUUACAGAUCAAAUGAGAUGGAAUGGCAGGGUUCUACACAGCGAGAAUGGCCCUUUCCAUCCUGAGAAGAUACUAUUGGUUGAUAAUUCUGAGUAGGUAAUUUACUAAUAAUGUCUCAUUAUCCAAGCCAGUUAGUUAAGUUCGUUGAAAGAUUGCUAGGAAGUGGAAGGACUACAGCUACUACCUGCACUACAUGAGAAAUUCCACCACCAAUAAAAAGGAUAAUUUCAUUUCAAGAUAGGAUGUGCGAGGGAUCUACAUGCUUCAUUUUUGAGGCAGGUGAUUGAGGUUAAUAGUGUUGCUUUUUCCUAGAUUUGUUUUAAGUUGGGAUUGUUGAUAAUUUUUUUGAAUGCACAGUGUAGGUCUUUACCUGUAAGAAAUCGGUCUCUGCACAUCUUGUAUUUGAAAACCUUUAUCUGAAUGAUUUUAUCGACCUAUAUUGUUUUUUGGUUCUACAAAUGCAGCAAUGGUUUAGCCAUUUUUGUCCAGUUUUGGCUCAAGUUGAAUUUUCUCACAAUAAAUGGCACUCAAAUUC